AAGGGACUAGAACUAUGUAUGCUAUAACUCAUCCACUCCAUUUCUAACCCAAAUUUCUUACCUUACAAAUAGUUUUUUUCUAAUAAUUUGUUUAAGUCAUCAAUGAAAUUAUACAAGCCUAGCUAUUCCAACCAAACAAACUUCUCUAAAUAUGAGUACCAAGAACAUAUAAGCCAAUCCAUCGAGAAGCCCAGCAACUACUAUGCCCAUGCCCGAACCGUUCUCCCAAGCCCAUCAAUUCAUGUCCAAGAAGACCAUAAUGUGAUGGGGAAUAUGACGAUGCAUGAGGGUCAAGUGGGCAUGGGAGAAAUGGAGUAUGGUUGGUCCAAAAAGCCCAAUCAAUACUCUAGCCCAGCCCAAUACCACCAAGGGCAAUCCAUGUACCAGGGAGGAGAGCAAAAGGCUUACAAUUAUGGUGACGGCGGAUUCGAAGGUGGUUACGCUAAUAAGAACACCGCAAUUUCCGGUCCAAAAUACUUGAGCCCAAUCAAAACAAAUCAAUCGGGCCGUAUGGCACAUAAAGAAGAGCAUAUGAUGGGGAAUAUGGAUCAGGGUUGGGGUAACUCGACCCCAAAAUUCUCUGGCCCAACCCAUGAUCAACACUCGGGCCUAGCAAUGCAUAGCGAGGAUCGUACGGUGGGGAAAACGGGUAUUGGUUGGGAUAACUCCCCCACGAAAUUCACUCGAAGUAAUCAAUCGGGUCUUGGAAUGCAUAAAAAUGAGCAUAUGAUAGAGAAUGAUGAUGAAGUUUGGGCUUAUCCGCCCAAUAGAUUCUCAAACUCAAACCAAAUCCAUCAUGAUGAUAGUUCGCUCCAUAAUGAGAACCAUAUGACUGGAGAAAUGGGUCGUGGUUGGGCCAAUUCACCAAAUAAGUUCUCUAGUCCAACCCAAAAUCAUCAGGCCAACAUGGAAAUGCAUAACGAGGGGAAUUUGAUGGGUAAUAUGGAUCAAGGUUGGUCCAACUCACCAAGGAAGUUCUCUAGCCCAACCCAAGCUCAUCACUCUGGCCUUGCAACACAUAACCAGGAUUACAUGGGUGGGAACACAAGUCGUCGUGGUUGGACUAACUCACCAGAUAAGUUCUCUAGUCCAACCCAACCUCAUCACUCAAGCUACGCGGCGGGGAAAGUGGACCAUGGUUAUGCUAACUCACCCACCAAAUACACUGGGCCAAAUCACUUUAGUAGCUCCAACAACACCAUGUAUGGAGAGCGCGAGCAACACGGAUGGGCUGAUAAGUCCAUCAACAGAUUUGGGCCAAACCAACUGAACCACUCGGCCCACACCCCAUAUGGCGACUAUGAUCACAACGUCGAUGAGGGUGUUAAUGACAUUAUGGAUGAGAUACUAACCAAGUAUCCAUCCCAUAAUGUUAGUGGUGGACAUGGAGGUAGUUGGGCUGGAAAGCCCAAUACCUAUGCAAGCCAAAACCAGGCUAUGGGCUAUGCUGCUCAAGCAUUUGCUGGCUCGGGCCAAUAUGGGAGCACGGCCCAAUCCAUGUCUAGUUCUAGCUCUAACUACGCGGUAAAAAAAGAGUUAAGUUUAGGAUUCUCUGCCAAUUGCAACAAGGAAGAAUAUUCAAGUAAUAUCAGUGCUAAGAAGUUCGCGGCCAAGAUCAUGUUUGGUAGAAAAGGGUAGCGAAUAGCCGAAUAUGAUAGCAAAGGUGAUCAAGAAAGCAGGGUUCAGAUUACCAAGGACAUUAUCAGAGGGUUUACCAAGUAGAGAAAUCAGCUUGGACAAUAUAAAAUCAUACGGAGUAUGAUAUACUAAGAAUAAAGACUAGCUAUAAGCAAGACUUUGCAUUUGUCUAGCUUCUAAACUAUCAUGUAUGUUUUAAUUUAAUGCUUAGCAUUUGUAAAAUAAUUAUGCUUGUUGCUUUAAGCUCUCUUUUUGUAUAAUGAAUUGCUUGUUAUAUUAGGGGUGAUAAUUCGGGUAAGCAGGUCGGGUUCGGGUCAAAUUUUGGGUCGAUUUUGGGUUAUGCUUAGAAAUUAUAAAAAAAAACAAAUGUGUAAAACUUAAUGUUAUUACGAAUUAUGAAAUUUGGGUCAAAUUGGGUCGAAUUUGGGUUGUUCGGGUUAGGUCGGGUUCGGGUUUUCCUAAGUAACUCCGGGUUGGGUCAGGGAUUGCCAGCCCUAUAUUAUGUUAUAUAUCUAAAAUAUGUAUUUACAAACGAUUAGGAAUUUGAGAUGAUGUGAAAUUUGACCAA